AUGCGUUCUAAAACUUCCCUAGAUGCCUGCUUCGAUCGAAAGUCGGACUUCCACUCAUUCCUGGCAGUUCAAACAGGCAGUGCACACAGCCCCUUCACUCGGGUGAUAAUCAAGGAUGUCAUCUACGUGCGCAGCCCAGAUUGUGCUCAGAUUGCCAAGAUACACCACCCUGGUAAAUUCGAGGCAGCUCGUGAGGCGCAGCAGGUUUGUCGCGGUGUUGUUGCAUUAAGCGCUUAA